AUGUCAUAUUACGUUAUUUAUCUGUGGUUAUGAUCAUUUACUUGCUUCACUGAUUCUAGCAAAUUCAAUUUCUAAAAACGAGUGUUGGUUUCCAGUUUCCAAUUUUUACGAGUUUCUUUCCGUCGUUCGAAUCUAUUGGAUGGAAUUUAAGUUUAAUAAUAUGCAGAUGGGCCGCAUGAGUUCACCGUCCGUCGGAAUGGACGACGACAGCGGCGCAGGUCAUGCCCUCAGCGAUUUUCUUCUGCAACUCGAGAACUACAAUCCCUCUAUUCCUGAUUCAGUCGUUGCUCAUUAUCUAAAUAUGGCUGGUUUCGAGUCUCAGGACCCUAGGUUGGUCCGGCUCAUUGCCCUGGCUUCCCAAAAGUUCCUAUCGGAUGUGGCCAAUGAUGCGCUCCAGCACAGCAAGAUGCGCACCUCCAGCCAGGUCAGCUCCAGCUCGAAGAGCCAGAAGGGCCCGAAGGAGAAGAAGUACAUCAUGACGAUGGAGGACCUGGUGCCAGCGCUGCAGGAGUACGGCAUCGUGGCGCGCAAGCCGCACUACUACGUCUAGGGUCAUGUAUAACUGUAGGUUAAGAGCGUACUCCCAUAUCAAAGGUCGGCAACGCACUUGCAACCUUCUGGUGUAGCGGGUGUCCAUGGGCGGCGGUAAUCGCUUACCAUCAGGCGAAGUGUCUGCUCGUUAGCUGUCUAUAUCAUUAAAAAGUAAUGAUAGGGGCUGAUUUUUAAUUUUUUGUCCUUUUUUUUCGUUAUAAUUUGGUGGAUAGAGGUCCCGAUUCUGUAGAUUAUAUUAUAAGCGCUGGUGGCCUAGCGGUAAGAGCGUGCGACUUGCAAUGCGGAGGUCGCGGGUUCAAUCAUGUCUUAUUUUUACAUAAACAAUUUUUAAAUUAUUAUUAGUACCUCUUUAGGCACAAAGUAAACGUUCCUAAAAUUGUUUCUUUGAAAAUCAAAUUUAAAAUUAAACCAAUGUGUAUUUCUUUUUAGGUUCUUACGUAAUCAAUAUUAAAUAUAGGGGAAGGGGUUGACCUAUUCCUGUUUUUUCUUACACAGGGGGGAGGGGGUCAAAAUGUAGUAAAAAUCGUCUUUUGUAAUAAAUGAACGCCUUAUUCAUAUCUAGGGUUUGCAAUCCGGAAUGUAAAAAAUUAUCUGUAUCUGCGAAUUUCCCCAUACAUUUCAGAUGCGUCGUACAAACCCUAUUCAUAUCUAACGAAAAUAAAAUAACAAAAAAAAUAUAAACCAGCUCAUAAACCAUGUUUGUACAACUUUGCUGCAACAGUUCUAUACCAUGUUGUCACGUGGUAACAAAUGAUAAAAAUAUUCCUAGUAGUUACCACCCUCUUUGGUACUGGUAACGUGUUGAUAACUAGUGGGAAUUACUCGUUUAAAUUUGCUAAAGCAUUUUACAAAUAAAUGUUGUAUGUUAACUGCACCAGUCAUGGGACAUUUAAAGAAAAAAUGUGGAGUAUUUUAUAUUUUACCGGCACCUGUAUAUUUUUCUACCACUUUAUGAGUUAAAGUUGAAUGUCAUAUUCGUCCUUUAUGUUUUCAAUGUAUUUAAUGAAAGAUACUGCAGUUGGUUUUCGUGUCAACAAAUCAAAACUAUGUUUUUUUGCUCCAGUUAUGGGAUGUAUGGCGCCAUUAAAUUUAAAACAAAGAAAAAUCAAUGAAACAUCAUACUUAUGUAGCUCUAUGGCUCUUGUUUAUGGUAAAAUGUUGCCCGUGUUAAAAACUGAUGAUAAAUACUUAUUUUACUGGAUUUGUCCAUACUGAUGCCUGUUCCAUUAUAGGGGUGUUUACUAUCACGUUUUAUAAACCGUGUUAUUUGCCGCCCGGUUUUCAACUCAAGUUGGUGGCCCAAAACAAAAUGGGCUUUCCAUCACAGAAGGGUCCUUAUGCUUCAAGUGCAAAAUAGACGUUUAUAUCUAAAAUUCUGAUAGAAACGUCCUUUUUACAGAUGAAGCAUAAAGACCCUUCUCUUAUGGAAAGCUACAAAUUGAUACACUGAAAACUGAAAUAAUUAUCAUAAAAUUGCCUUCAAGGAAAUAGUACUGCCACUUGACUAGCAUUUCGAAUAGGUUUUUAGCUGUAGCAAUGGUUAAGGUUCAAUAGACAAUGUAUUGCGGAAAUUAAUUCGGUCGCCAUAACCAAAAGUAUAAAAAGUAGAAAUAAAGCUAUAGCUCUAUUCGGGCCUAAGGCUUAGAACGCACUACGAUUAAUUAAAUUAAUUUCUUGCGGUUCCAGGACCAUGCGACAUGCUGAACCCGCAAGAAAUUAAUCGCAGUCACUGGCUCGCCGGGGGGGGGGGGAAUGUAUGCUCCUCCCCCUCCCCUUGGCCAUUUGAACGGAGACAUUUUAAAUGUUUCAAUUUCAUACAGAAAUCAUCCCCAUUAUACCAAUCUUAAAAAAAUAAGGGGAUCGCUUUAGUUUAUAGGUCUCAAAUAGCAAUAAUAUUGUUAUAGUUAUUAUUUAUAUGAAUGUACUAAUUUAACAACCAACUAAGAAAUAAAACAAGUGAUACAACA